AUGCAACAAGUGUGGCUUAAUGGUAAUCUUGAUGGUUCACGUUUGGCCAGCGCCUACGAUGGUCUAUGGGAAAUAACAACUAUUGGUGCUACUUUUCAAUUAGGCAAAGCAACUGGUUUCAAUGGUUACAUAGACAACGCACGAUUUGAGGCUAGAGCUAAAAAUUCGACUGAAAUUCUGGAUGAUGCCACUCUACAUGUUUACUACUCGUUCGAUGAUGGUUCACUUACCGACAACGGUCCUAAUGGUAUCAAUGGAACUGCUUCUGGACGUUUAUCAAGUACAACUGGUCGAGUUAAUCAAGGACUGGAAUUUAACUCAGGAUCCUAUAUGUACUAUUCAUAUAAUCCAUUUUACUUUUUAGGUAUCAGUGGUUAUCCAUUUAGUAUAGCCUUGUGGGUAAAGCCAGCAGGAAGUUAUAGGCGACAAACACUUGUGUUCGUAGAUAAAUUAAAUGAUUGGUGUGCUAACCUUUUGGUAAUAACAUCGUUUGGACAGUUAGUUGCCAUUGGUUGGAAUGAUGCAACUGUAGCUGCAAAUGGUCCCAUCCUUCGAUUCAACAUUUGGACACAUGUCGGCUAUACUUAUAGUACAACCAACGGUAUUCGGUUGGGUCUAACUACGUGCUCUCCAGGCUACGGAGGUGCAUUUACUGGUGCCCUCGAUGAAUUUUAUCUUUAUAGACGUGAAUUAACAGCAGCUCAAAUUUGGGCAUUAGCCAAUCCUUAA